UCAGUCGAGUCCUGUUCCGAAUUCAGUCUCGUAGCUUGUUGUUAUAUUUUUCAUAAUAUUGUUUUAGAUUUGUAGUAUACUUUUAUAAAGUGCAACUUAUUGUAUUUUUUAAUGAUGAUGUUAUUUAAAAAUAUUUAGUGACGUGUUACUAAUGAAAUGUAUCGGGAAAGUUACUUGUUUUAUCACCGGGAAAAAUAAAUACGAUAACUCUAGCAUUAUUUUUGAGCGUUACAUUUUUUACUGUACGCACUUAUGUUUGUAAUUAGGUAGCGAAUUAAAAUUUAUAAUUCUUUAAAGUAUCUUUUGAUAGUAUCUGUGAUACAACAGUUUUUAUAAACAAAAAUAAUGACCGUAACGUACACGGGGGAAGUUGCAACCUGUAGAGGAUUCGGCACUUUUCUGAAAGUACUAAAUAAAUGGCGAGGCAGUAUAUACAAAUUGGUGUGGCUGGACCUACUAGUAUUUUUAAUGCUAUAUUAUAUUUUAAAUUUAACUUAUCGUCUAUUUUUAAGUGAGGAAUCCAAAAGGACGUUUGAAGGUGUGGUAAACUAUUGCAGUUUCCACGGAAAUGUGAUACCAUUAUCUUUUGUGUUGGGCUUUUACGUGACAGUUGUGAUGAAUCGUUGGUGGAAUCAAUACACAACUAUACCAUGGCCUGACUCUAUAGCAGUAUUUGUUUCGGCCACUAUUCAUGGGCAAGACGAGCGGGGGCGGCUGAUGCGGCGCACAAUCGUCCGCUAUGUGUGCUUAUGUCUCACAAUGGUGCUCACUAUGAUUUCACCUCGAGUCAAGAAACGUUUUCCAAUGCUAAGCAACUUCGUGGAAGCCGGUCUUUUACUAGAAAACGAGAAAAUUAUUCUCGACAAUCUCAAUGAUAAAUUUCCUAAACCGUCCAAACAUUGGUUACCAAUAGUUUGGGCAACAAGUAUAGUGACAAGAGCACGCAAAGAGGGCAGAAUACGAGAUGACUUUGCUGUGAAAACUAUUAUAGAUGAAUUAAAUAAAUUUAGAGGACAAGCUGGUCUAUUGCUUAGUUACGAUACUAUCAGCGUGCCGUUAGUGUAUACUCAGGUAGUUACCAUAGCCGUUUACUCAUAUUUUAUAACUUCUGCUUUGGGUAGCCAGUGGGUUGAUAACAAAUUACAUUCCCAUAGUGAUUCGGUCCAAAUAAGUAAUAUAGAUCUCUACUUUCCUAUAUUUAGUACAUUAGAAUUCUUCUUCUACAUGGGCUGGUUGAAAGUCGCGGAAUCAUUAAUAAAUCCCUUCGGUGAAGAUGACGAUGACUUUGAAGUGAAUUGGUUGAUAGACAGAGAUUUGCAGGUUUCCUACAUGAUAGUAGACGAAAUGCACCACGAGCAUCCCGAGCUGAUAAGGGAUCAGUACUGGGACGAAGUGUUCCCCUCCGAGCUGCCGUACACUAUAGCUACGGAGAACCAACGCGAGGAACACCCAGAGCCAUCAACAGCGCGCGUGGCUGUUCCCGCGCGACAACGCAGCAUGGUCACCGUCGCGCCCUCCUCCGUGAAGAUCGACGAGAUGGUGCCUUCCAACACCGUGAGUUACAAGUUCGCCCCGCCAGAGCAAUUGCAAAUGAAUGAUGACGCUGCUUCCGGUAUACACUUCAUCGUAUCGCGAGGAAGCAGACGAGGAAAAAAAGAAGAUAGAAAUUCUAUGGGAUCAAUGAAUUCGAUGGUCUCAUUGCAACAGACUCCCAUGACCCGAGCUAAUUCUGUUACUUCAAUGUUGAAAAGAUUGUUUUCAAAAGAAGAUCAACGACAAGGCUCCACUACGGUCUCGACGCAACCCGAUGGAGUGUCAAGGUUUACAAUAUCUGCAAGUAAUCCGACCCUUAAUAAGCCGACCACUGCAGGCGGUGGUAGUAUGAAAAUAGCUAAUGAAGUAAUCGAAGAAGUUGACGAACAAACCACUAUAACAAGCAUGGGCAAGCGAUCAGAUAACAGGCCCACAGCAAUGAGUCUUUUCCAAAAGGCGGCUGUUCCAAGCGAACCAGUAAACGUUCCAUCGAGAAAUUCAAAUCACAGUUCUAAUACUCGGUUGUCUACGUCGGCACCGACGAACUGGUCGCGAGUGGUCAACGAGGCGGGUGACAAGAGUCCGGCGGCGCAGUCUCUCACCACGCAGCCAUCAUUCCCCAGUAUUGGCGAUGAGUCGCGCCCACGCCUUGACAGCGACGUGGGGCCUUCGCUCAGCGCUGCCGGCAGUCAGACUUUGUUGGAUGAAGCAGAUGGAGGUGAUGAUCCAGAUAUGGAUGAUUUUGAUCGACUGAGAAGUAUAAGGGAACAGGAACGUCGUGAUAAAUAUUUACAGAAACUAAUGGCGCGCUCAGUCAGUGCACAGCAGGUGAAUAUUCAAACAGGAAGCAUGGAGUUGAUUGACAAUGAUUUAUUACUAGAGGAUCUACUAGCACAAUCAGCUGAAAUAAAAAAAGAAGACACGACGAUAAACCACUCACAAGGCACCACUUGACAGAGUAGUUUCAUAUUUCAAUGGGAUUAAGUUUAUACCCCAGUGCAUUUCAGUAUUAAUAGGUAUUGUGAUAAUGUAAGAUUGUCUCAGAAUAAUUUAUGGAUACUUGUAAUUGAAAUUAUUUAUGUAUAUUUAUUGUGUACAUAAAGCAGUGAUAUUAAAUUGAUUUUUAUUACCUACAUAAAAUAUUAGUAUAAUUU